AUUAGUGGAAUAAUAUAUAUUUAUAUUUCGUGAAGGGCCAUGAUAAAGUAAAAGAAAAAUCUUGAAUCGGGCUUUUGGGGCAAAAUGUUUUUUUUCCAACUAAGUGAAAAGAAUAUUAUUUUAUCAAAGUCCAUUCGGCAUCUACGGGGAAUAGGUGUUCCCUCCUUGGGGAAAAAGAGAAGAAACAUUGCCGUGAGCCAAACAACACCAAAGAUCAGGGUAAAGCCCUUACAGGGAUUGGCGCCAACAUCCGCCGCGAAGAAGAGCAAUGGCCGCAUCCUCCAAAACCCUAAUCGAUCUCUUCCAACCGGCCAAGCGCCUCAAACUCUCCGAUCCUUCCAAACCCCUUCACUCCGUUUCCCUUUCCGUUUCCUCCUCGAACUCCGACGUCAGCAGCACCCUCACGGCGGAGCAGAAAUCGCGCAUUGAACUCAACAAAUUUCUCGCUAAAUCGAAACGAAACAUCAAAAUCUGUACCGAGAAAGUCUCGCAAUCCAAGGCUGAAGGAUCGGGAUAUGUGAAACUGGAGGAGCUGCUGGUAGAGGCAACGUGGUUGGAAGCGCUACCCGGAGAGCUGCAGAAGUCAUACGCGAAGAACUUGUGCAAAUUUGUGGAGAGUGAGAUAUGCGGUGGCAAUGUGCCCAUUUACCCCCCGCAGCACCUGAUCUUCAAUGCUUUAAACUCUACUCCGUUCGACAGAGUCAAGGCUGUUAUUAUUGGACAGGACCCUUAUCAUGGACCUGGUCAAGCAAUGGGCCUUUCCUUUUCUGUACCAGAAGGAGUGAAGAUCCCUUCAAGCCUGGUCAAUAUAUUUAAAGAACUUAAGCAGGAUCUUGGCUGUUCAAUUCCAUCGCAUGGAAAUCUAGAGAAAUGGGCUGUGCAGGGUGUUGUAUUGCUCAAUACUGUUCUUACAGUUAGGAGUCAUCAAGCAAAUUCUCAUGCAAAGAAAGGAUGGGAGCAAUUUACUGAUUCUGUUAUCAGAACUAUUUCACAAAAGAAGAAAGGAGUUGUCUUCCUCCUUUGGGGGAACUCUGCUCAACAGAAAUCUAGAUUGAUUGAUGAGACAAAGCAUCACACUCUGAAAGCAGCACAUCCUUCUGGUUUGUCUGCAAAUAAAGGCUUCUUUGGCUGCAGGCACUUCUCCCGCACAAAUCAGCUCCUGGAGCAAGUUGGGGUUCCACCUAUAGAUUGGCAGCUUUGAUUUCAAGGGCCAGCAUUUUUUGUUUGAGGUAGAUAUGCAGUCUGGUGGACGGUUAAUCUGUUAUGCUUGAAGUCUUAUGGAAAUGGCAAGUUUUGGGAGUUUGUUGACGAAGUUGUAAAUUUCAUUGCCUAAAUGUAAAUAGUUUUGCUGGAGGAUGAUGCCGUCCUGUUUAUUUCUUAUUACCUAAAUUCCCAAGACAGCAUUUGGCUAAACCCUUGUCAUUUGUCAUUUUAUUUCAUUUUGUUUUUGACAAGGGGAAUUUAGAUUUAAGAAACAAACACAAGCAACGAUACUCCAUAAGGGUGUUGUUUGUUUAAACAAAUCUUGAAACCUAUU